UUCGUGUCUGAAAUGCGAUUAUGAUUGGUCAGUUCUCGGUCACAUCGGAAAUGCAGAAUCACGUUUAAAAAGCAUGGAAACACGGAAGUGUAUGACGCAUCAGUGUACGGCUGUGUACAUCUCGCACCGCAACUCAUUUUAAUUGCUAAACGUUUCCUGAAAUAGCUCCAGUUUUGGACGUAUACGGGCAGAUUCCAUCUUUUCUGUUGUUAUUAGAAAUGCCGAAGCAAUUGCCCUUUCCAGGCGUCUACAGAAAACGAAAAAUAGGUUUUGUGUGUGUAUAUGUCCUCAUAGUCCUUGAUUGUCGGUCUUAUGCAUUUAUUUUGCUACGGUCACGUGAUCACUCAGUUCAAAUGCAUCACCUGCUCCAAAAACACUGGUGUCACUGGUGAGAACUCUGUCAAACGCGAACAGAUGGCCGGAGUGUGGGAGAGAAAACUGGAGCAUGGAUUUCCGCCACUUCCUUUGAUGGCCGCGGAGAGCCUUAAAUGGUUAUAAACACCAGGUGGCAGACAAACACCAUUCGGCUCCUUAGUAACCUUCUGCCUGGUCUCCUCAACAACCUUUGAAGAUUUCACUUUUAUUCCACUCUAGUUCCGUUACCUCGCUGGUGUUGUGAUGUCACAGUAAGGAAAUCAAAGAUCACCUGUUCCGGAUAGAUAAUCUGGAAAGCAUUUCGGUGCUACUUCUUGAGACUCACAAGAAACGCAGAGAUGGACUUCCGCGGUCUAUGUCUGUCUGUCUGUCUCCUCUGCUGGUCCCUGGUCCUCCCCCCCCGCUGCCUGUCAGGUCAGGACCCCAUGUCUGCUGCUGAACUGGAAGGCCUGAAAGCCGUGCCAGCAGAAGUCAUCGUCCGCAAUUCCCCCUGCAGCGCCACCUGUGGCCUGGGCGUCCGCGCCCAGGAGAGAUGUCCGCUGAGACAAGGGAAGGUCCGCAAGGGGAAGGACUGCUACGUCCGGACGGUCAGCUGCAUGGAGUCUUGGCAAUGUGGUCUUCAGGACGUUACGGUGUCGGCCGGUCAGCAUUUGGACCUGGACUGCCUGGGCGAGGUGAUGGAAGCCAUGGGCCGCUUCUCCUUCCGGGUGUCGUGGCUCUACGCCCGGGGGGUGGUGACCACGGACGACUCUCUGCUGAGGCGCUGGGACGCUCCCAGCCUGGCCCGGCUGGUCCUGGACCCGGUGAGGGAGGAGGAUGCCGGGACGUACCGCUGUGAUGUUCAGGACAUCGCUUACCGCAGAGUCAAGCGACUAUAUCUGGGAGUGAAGGUGCUCCCACGGGAGGCGUUGAGCUUGAACUUCCCCUCCGCUUUGGCUAACUGGGAUCGGAGAGACCACAGUUCCCAUGGUAACAUCACCGUGGUGAAAGAUGGCGAGGACCUGUAUGAUAGCACAGCAGUCAAGGAUAUCGUAUUAAUCAGCCUCGGGGUCGCAGGGGUAACAGCGGGACUUGUCUUCCUGGGUUUUUGCAGGAAGAGCCAUGGUGUUAGGCAUUGCCUCAAUGGUUCCCCACCACCUCCACGUAACUGAAAUACUUUCACCGGUAAUGCCACCCUCCGCCAGCAGGCAGCACUGUUGUUCUUUGUGUCGACGGUGCAGUUUAUAAACGUUCCAUGGCGCCACUGUGCGUUUGUUGUACUGUUUUUUUGUAGAGAUGUGAUUCAAAUUCACUCAGAAUGCCAGUCAGAGUAGAUCAUGAACAACAGUGGUUUGCAAACAUAUUGAGUGAAUAUGUUUACAUAGAAUGGAUUGUAGAUUAUAAAGACAGAAUGCCGUCCUAGUUUCCCCCCCCAAAUGUAUUUGUGACGGGUUACAAGGUUACAUUUCCUGGGAGAGAGCACGAGUGGAGGGCAUGAGUUUUGCAUAAUUUCACAAUUACUCUAAGAUGGUACAAAAUUGCCCACCUUCCUAUCAAUGCUAAACAUACAAUCUUCUCAACAGGAAUACAGUUUUUUAAAGGGUAGAUCCAAGCACGGUUAAUGAAUCAUAAUUACAAUACACCUCCAAGCGAUCCCCAUACGUAGACAGGUCAGUAUCAUUUCAGUCACCCUCUCUGCCAGGGUUGUGAACACUAAGCCAAGUUAAAUGACAUUCCUCGGUGUUCAUCCCCUCUCAUCUACCUUCACCAUGCACUACUUUAGCGGUCUGUAAUGCCUAUUCUGGAAUUAGUAUUCAAUUCUAAUUUGAAGACGUCGACUAAUGAAAGUAUCCAAUGUCGCUGUAGUGCUCACAUGUACCGGCUUUUCAGGGCUUCGGUCGGUCGGACAUCCACAAAUAUAGAGGGAGGCUUGUUGAUAAUUACUCAUGUAAUUGUGUCAGACAAUAGCUGAUCAAAAGAGAAAUAUGAAUAAUUGUCCAGACAACCAGAUUCUCUGUCGCUCUGAUUGCUUCGUCCCUCUUCAACUAUGGGGUUAAAUUACCAUCCAAUUAAAUGAGACGUGUCAGCACAGUUUUCCUUAACAGCGGCAACUUUUAAUGAAUGUCGAUUGCUUACAGGACUGGGUCCCAAAUGACACACUAUUAUCCACUGUAUCAAGUGCACUAGUUUUGACCAGAGGUACUUAUUAAAAGUAGGGCACUGCUUAAGGUCAAGGGGAAGUGCCACUUGAAUAGGGCAUCAUUUGGAAUGAUUCACACAAUCCCUGCUCCAGUGACUGCCUCAUUCCCUCUAUCAUUAGGUUGUGAAGAGCGUGUGUGUGUUUUCCAGCCGACAGAACCAGAGUGAUUACAAUACAAUUAAAUAACUCUGGCAACAUCUGCGUUUCGUUGAAACUCACCUAGAGUGGGAAUCGGCAGUUCAAACAAUAACAAUAGAAGGUCAAUUCCAGCCUUUGUGUCAGUGGAGGUCAAAGGGAAGGAUGGGACUAAUGGAACCCCUGGAAUGAGAACAGACCAGUUCUUCCCAGUUCAUUUUCCUCUGAUCCUUUGACCAACCAAAUAGGUUGUUUCUCAAACCCUUUCGGAGCUUGUUGGAGGAGAGGGUCAGAGGAAUGGAACAUUUUGCUUUGCUAUUCUAUGACUUUUGGAAGGGUUCAGGGGCUUGAGGACAGCUGUGGGUCAGAGUUCCUGUGAGGCCAAUAUUAAUCUGGGCUGGUGACAGACUAGAGAGGACGGUGGGACUUGCAUUUCCUCAAAGAAUCUCAUAGUAUAGUGAUUCGGACAGUUCUGACCCAGUCAAAUACUGUAGACAGCUCUGACCCAAUCAAAUACUGUAGACAGCUCCGACCCAAUCAAGUACCGUAGACAGCUCCGACCCAGUCAAGUACCGUAGACAGCUCCGACCCAGUCAAAUACUGUAGACAGCUCCAUUCCAAGACAAGUACUGUAGACAGCUCUGGCCCAAGACAAGAAUUGCGAACAGGUCCGGCCCAAGUCAAGCACUGCAACCAUAAUGUGUUGGCAACAUCCUAUGACCAAGUUGACCUUAAUAAAUCCAUGCUUAAUUAAAGGCUGAAGUACUUAAUAAAAAAAAAAAAUAUCUUCCCUGUUCCCUUUAUAAUAUUUUAACAAAUGUGCCAUUGAAAACACUGUGAGGUUAAAAUAACACUAUGGUUGUGAAAAUGAUGGUGCUCUUGUUGUGUAAGAGCUAUUGGAAACAAUUAAUCUGUCUGUGAUAUGGAACUUAAGUCUGCCUGGUGACAUCAACUGAUUACAUCACCAGGCAGUAAAAUGGAUGAUUGACCAAUAAGAACGAGAGUUCCUCUCUGCCAGUCACUUUUUUUUCAAUUUCCACGUCCCAGAAGAAGCUAUGAGUUAUGGUUAGAACUAGGAUAAGGGGUUAUUGGUUAGGAAAGCUAUUGAGACUGCCACAUUAGCCUUUAAAAAAAGACAUAUACCCUGAGUAGUUAUUAAAAUACUGUACUGUAGUUUUUACAAUACUUUACUGUCGUUAGAAUACUGUACCGUACUGUAGUUUUACGGGACUGUAUUGUUAAUAGUUACUGCAGACUUCUCCCUUCAUUCCUCAACAUCCAGAGCACUUCUGUAUGCAUGUUGUUGGAUUAAGGGACUUGUCAAAAGCAUCAAAGAAAGGGGACUGAACCCAGCAGCCCUCCUUUAGUCAACCCUUUCUCCCCAAAUGCUGACCAGGAUGCCAAUCUUUCAGCUACAGACCCAAACCUAAGCCCAGGGGCUAUGGCACACCAACCUACAUAAACAUUAGCACCACAUCUUGAUCUCAGUCUGCUGUCCCUGUUUAUAAAAAGUUACCCUAAUGAGAAAAUGGCUAUCCUGGGCUCCUGAACCUUUAGACUUUAAUUGAAGCGUUGUGGGAAGGUGGUCAUCACAUCAUGGGGGCCACUGUUACACUUGGCUUUUGUCUCGAACUCUCGUGGAGUUUCAAAUUAGAUGUGUGAGUGUGUGUAAUGAAUGACUGAUAUAAAUUACUUAUUGAUCUCCCUCACUGGUGUGGGGGCGAACCUGACCUGUUGCCUGUGCUUACUACAUCCAGACGAAAGAGUGUGUUUGUUGUGUGUGAGCGUUGGUGUGUCUGUAAAUUGAGGAGUAGUAAAGCCUGUUACAUUGGCGUGGGAGGAGAAGAGGAGUAAUAAAAACUCCUUGUCUUCAGUGAGUAAGUCUCCAUGGUGACCACACACAUUUUCUCCACAUUGUAUUUUAAUAUGUGGGAAAACACUAAUCUUUAAAUGCCAAUUGAC